GCGAUGGACGAGCCGCUCUGCUGCUGCGAGUACGUGGACCGGCGGGGCCAGCGCAGCCACCUGGCGGCGUGCUGCUGCGACUGCCAGGAGCUGGACGAGGGCUGCGACAGGUGGCUGGCGUGCAAAUCCCUGCCCCCGGGAGCGCUGGAGAGCAUCGCCGACACCAUCGCGGACCGGCUGCGGGUCCCGUGGUUCUCGGGGGCCGUGAAGAUCAACGUGAGCCUCGUGCCGCCGCUCGUCCUGCUGCCUGUGCUGCUCCACGUUGCCGCCCUGCACUUCCUGCUGGGGCUCCUCGUCCUGACGUCCCUGCCCGUGGUGGUGCUCUGGUACUACUAUCUCACCCACCGGAGGAAGGAGCGGACCCUCUUCUUCUUGAGCCUGGGGCUCUUCUCCCUGGGCUACAUGUACUAUGUGUUCCUCCAGGAGGUGGUUCCCCGGGGCCACGUGCAGCAUUCCCAAGUGGUCGCUCUCACCUGCGGGUUAAUCCUUAUGCUCGCAGCCCUGUCUCGAGCCAAGAAAGACCCUGGCUACCUUCCCAUUCCAGCAGGCAAUGAGAAGCCAUCGCACCACGUCUUGCCCAACAGGAGUGUUAGAGGGAGCUCCAGCGGGCUCCAUGGUGCUGCCAGCAGUCGUGCUGUGAAUGGGGAGGCCAAAGGCUAUACCAGGAUGGCAGCUGAUGAGCCAGAAGGUGUGAAAAAGGACUGGUGCACCAAAUGCCAGCUGGUCAGGCCAGCCCGAGCAGGGCACUGCAGGCUUUGUGGCAGGUGUGUAAGAAGGCUGGACCAUCACUGUGUCUGGAUUAACAGCUGCGUAGGGGAGCAGAACCAUCAAGCAUUCAUCCUUGCACUCUCCUUCUUCAUGCUCACCUCUGUGUAUGGGAUUAUGUUGACCCUGCACACCGUCUGUAGGGGCCAAACUCCAUUUGUGGCAUUGUUCUACUGCCCUGGGGCCUAUUCUGACUACAGCUCUGCUCUGUCGUUCACCUGUGUAUGGUACUGUGCCAUUGUAACAGCUGGCAUGGGAUACAUCCUCCUCAUCCAGCUGUUGAACAUCAGCUACAACGUGACUGAGAGGGAAGCUCGGCUGGCUCUGCGGGACAACACUGGGCGCAGACUCCUGGGUGGGUUAGUGAUAGACACUGGCCAGUAUAACAGGGGAUUCCUAUGCAACUGGGGCCAUUUCCUGAGCCUGGGGUCUUCUCCUCCUCAGCGCUCUGCCGAAGACAUCGUGUGACACCCCUCUUUCUGCAGAUGAUGUUGACUGACUCUUUUUAGCAGUGGAGUGGCCCCUUCUACUAGGACUCCUUUCUCGCACACCCUUCCUUUGUGGGCGGUGUAUGGGCUACCUGUCCCCCCACUGACAACAUCAGAGGUUUUCCCAGGCAGAAUGGUUGGUUCUUCGUGUGCUGUCAGCCAGCAAUAGGAUGCACAAAGCAGUAAGCCAUAUGCACAAAUAUGGAGAGAAGGAGCCUGCUGCCUUUUUCCACCGUGGGAAACAGGAAGAAGAGCACAAGAUUUUGAGAACUUGAGUUUUCAUUAGGUGUGAACCCUGGCAUCAAGAGGAACCCACUGCUGGGCUUCAGAGCAUGCACUGGUUCCUGCAAAGGUGGAGGAAUCCCUGGUUUGUAUCUACAUGCAGCAUUUUGGAGAUGUCAGGAGGAUGAACUUUGGAUACAGAUAACAGAUGGACCCCUGCAGAAGCCAGGCUGUCUGGCUAACAGAGACUGUCUAGGCAGUCACUGGGCAGUGCUCUCCUCUCUGGUGCAUUUAUUUGUUUUUACUAUCUCUUAUUCCAUCCAGCUGUGUACAUGCUUCUAUUAAGUGCCUUUGUGAGUUACAUUCCUGUAGGGCUGGGUCUGUGCUGGUUUGAAGACUUGGCUCAUCUCCUUCAAAGUGUUUCUGCUCUGAUUAUGGAUUGUGACUUGAAACAGGAGUUAAAUAUACCAAGGAGAUGUUUUGAAGCAAUAUGCAACAGUGAACUCUGAGGGCAAAACAAGAGUGCUGUCUGUCUAGUGUUACUGUAGCUUUAUGGAAGUUACCUUUCACCUUCCAUCAUGGGAUAAGGCAGUCUGUGGGAGAGUAGGCAGUCCUACUAACUGUUUUAGUAGGUAGCAUUUGGUCAGUUGUGUUGCUAAUAACCAUAGUGAUCCCAUCUGCCAUCAACCCAGUUACUGUGAACUACCUGACUGUAGAUCUGUUUUCUCAAGCCAAGAAGCCAAGGAACAGAUCAGCCUCUGUGUAUGUAGGGAGAGGAAGAGGAUGUGUUGGAGGUCUCUGUUUUGGGGAUAGAUGACCUGUACUGGCAGGUGAAUGUUAAUGUGUUGAGUGUGCUCUGCAAGAAUGCCAUUUGUUUCUCAUUAGCCUAGAACUGUAUUAUUGCCUGGACUUGAGCUUCAGCUGAAAUAACAAGGUUUUGAUGGAAAUGGUUUCUGGUUUUUUUGUGGCUGGAAUUUAUUAUUACUUUUUGUUUUAAACCCUUUAUGUGUGCUGUAGGCCCUGCAGUGAAAGGUCUGGCUGGAAGAGCUGGAGACCACAGCACAAGAGUUACAUGUUGGAACUAAGAUGCAGAAGCAGAGAUAAGAGCCUUGUCCUGGCUACUGAUUUUUUUAGAUGUGUGUGCAGGAGGCACAGAUCACGCCUGCUCCUGACUCCAUUUGCAUGGCAGGCAGCUGGGGGAUGUUGGCAGAGUGAUGCAAAUUCUGUGUGCUGCUGUGCAUUAGCUUUGAAGGGUGGAUGGACUGUACAUGGUGCCAAAAGAAAGCAGGGUUGGGGGUGUCCCUUUAGAUCCCUGCUGUAUUUGGUGUGUAUGUUAUUGAUUAUGUGUCCCAGUUUAAUGUAGAGACCGUGUCCCUCUUUGCACUGUUUGGUUUCCUUAAGUGGCACUUUCCAUAACCAGCAGAUAAUGGAUGAGCAGCUGCACUUGGAAUGUGUCUGUGCAGAGUUACUGACUUACCAGAGUUUCCCUUAUUUCCUCUUACCCUCUGGUCAUCCAGUGAGCAAUCCUUUUUAAGUAGGUAAAGCUCUUGCUUCCUGCCUCUAACCAAAUACACUGAGAGGUUUCUGACUGCUUCCCUGGCCCUAAUGUGAAUAAAAAGACACCCAGCUAGACUGUACAGACUGUUCCUCUACAACCUUCUGUUUGGUUGUUGGAGCCUGUCCCUAGGAGUACAAAUUGACACAAAGUCCACGUUUCCACAUGAGUUUUCUGUAAAUGUUUCCAUGGCACAUAUGCAUUUUGUGAUGCCUGCUGAGAUGAACUGAAGCUUGGCAACCCUGGAGACAAGGAUGCUGUGGGCUAGGGGGUUUGUGAUCUUAGAUUUCAUCCUGCUGACGCUAGGGAAUAUGAGGCAGAAUGACUUCCUGGGCUAAACGAACCCCUACAGUGGAGACAGCCAACUUCUCUGUCCCUGUAUGCACAGAAAUCAGUCAUGUGCCCACGAACUGAACAGGCUCUGGAAGCAUUUGCAGGUUUGAAAUAAGUGGUUUCUCAGAGUCCUGCUACUCCUGGCUGGGAGAAAGCAGAGCAGAUCGCAGAUCAUUUCCCUGGCAGAGCUGACCCUGUGGUGCUCACUUUCUCCUACAGGCAGAGAUUCCUUGCUACCUUGCAGCCUGUGUGUCAGUGUAGCCUUGUCCCUUCUCUCUUAGUGAACUGCUUGCACUCUGUGCUGUUCUUGCACAGACUCUCUGUGCUGUUCUCCCAGGCAGCAUGGAUUUUGGAGUGCAGAUUAGGAAUGGAGGACCUGGGACUAAUGUAACUAUUCCAUAUGUUGUUCAAGCUCGCUCAAGUACAGUGAGGGCUAAGUGCUAAAGUAAAUUUUAUUUUUGCACUCCAGGGGGAACUGAAACCAUUCGGGACACUUAAAACCCCAGCCUUGCAACCUUUUUCUACGAGGAGAAUGCAGUGCUGAUUCCCCAGUGAACAGGAAGUUCAGAUGGCUGUAAUCUGCAUAGCAGUGGUGACUUAAAUGGCAUGUCUUCUUCUUGGGAGGAUUUACCUUGUGAAUGUCUUGGGAGAUGGGAAGUAUAAAGUAACAGGAUAUAUCUAAAAGGCAUCUUAAAAGGAUGGAUACUUUGGAGCUCUCCUUUUAACAGCCCUGAGAAUUAGCAGGAAACACUUGAAGGGCAACUCUCCCAUUUGCAGUUAUAGCAAGGGCAAACUGUUGUGACCUGGUGCACUAAAGGACAAUUUUUUUCUGAGUAACUUUUUGCUGAGCUUGUUAUUGACCAUGCUGGUAGAAAAAUGUUAAAAUCUAGGCCUAGUCAGUCCUCGGGCUCGCUGUGUUAAUAGCUGCCUAGAUCUGUGCUGCCUGGGGGUUGGAGCAGUGGGAACAGCCUGCAUUUGACAGGUGACUUGUGGGUCAUGUGUGGCAUUUUCGAGGGGAGGACCAGUGUCUUACCUGUAAAACUGCGUGCCUGGCAGUGCAGAAAACUUUACCCUGCUGACCCUUGAAAAGUUUUCCCUGUGUAAGAGAGGACCUAGAGCUGAUCAGCCGCAGGGAAGGAUUUUGGUAAUAGCUAGCCCAUAGUUGGAAAUUAGUUUAUCCUGCUUUAACCAUGACCUUUUAAGAGGCAUUUGUUGUUUCACAAAUAGUGUGGACUUUGCAGACCAGGCAGCUUUUCAAGGGCCAGGGUUCUGAUGUUGCUGCUGUUGUAGUGUUAAACCCUCCAUGUCCAAAUGCCAGCACCCUACUGUUUGGUGACUGUAGUAAGAACUGUGCACCAUUAGAUACAGCCUGUAAACAGUGGCUUGGCACUCUCUAACUGUGUCUUCCUGCAUUGUGGUUUUUUGUAGGCAAGUCACAGGUCCCCACAUCGACUGUUUCUCCAUUUAACUUGUCCUUAAAUGACAGAAGUCACUGGUGAGCCUGAGCUGGUGCUGCUUGUGACUCCUAAUCACAUUUCAGCCUUCAUGCUAUGAUGGUGCUUUUUUUUCCUUUCAAAGUAGGUUGCUUUCAAGUGUCUUAAUGAAACCAUUUGCUGUAAAAUUUCUUCUGAAGUUAAAAUGGAUACUGCCUCACUGCCUAAUGUCUUAAUAAUGUGCUUGGUUUUUUCCUUCUAUAUGAAUGUAUAUUGCCUCAUUAGGGCAGAAAGCGUGUGUGAUUAUGGAUGUGUUUUCAUGUAUUCCUUUCAGUGAAAAAUUUUACAGUUACCUAGGAUUCUUUUCCCCACUACCAGGAUGUUUGGACAGCAAAAAUCUUUCUGCAGACAGGUGAGGUUCUUUCUGAAAUGUGGGAAUUCAGCCUCCCAAGAUCUUGUCUUUAUGGAACUUUAUGUGAAGAGCAAUGGGCUCUGGAGAGUGGGAUGUUUUGGGUUCUGGGUUUUUUUUAACCUAAGCUUGAGGAAGAAACUGUGAAACAUUUGUGAUCUUUUUUUGAAAGGACUGGUGUGUGUGUGUGUAUGUGUUUGUCCAUUUUGCAUCAUAUUCAGUGUUUCCAAAUGGAUACAAUUAGGACUCAAAAUAAAUUAUUGGAAAUGAUCUGUGGAGUGGCCUGUUGAUUUAUGCCCACACACUCAGCCAAGCCAAAUGACCAAAAGCUGCUGUCAUCUCAUGGCUAUUUAGCUGGGAGCUGGACUUGGGAAUAAGGCAGCAACAGGCUAAGGAAAAGUUAGGAAAUAAGUUCUGCAAAAGUUGACCUUUGGGUUUUUUGGUGUUGGGAUGAAACAGACCUGCUGGCAGUUCUCACCAUCCUGGAAACCAGGCAUAUUCCCCUGCAGUAGGAAUUUGAAUGGGGAUCUUUCAUCCUAUGAGCAAUCCAUUAUCAUUAUCUGAUC